CAAUCUUACCCACAAAUUCGCCACUUUUGCCAUUAGGGUAGAGCAGAAGAAACUUGGAUGUAGAUCCCGUUUUGGGUGCAAAAUUGCAUUGCCAAAAAUGGCGUUAUCAUCAGCUUGUAACAGUUCGAUGCUACUAGUAGUAUUUGUGAUGUGGCUGCUUGUUUCGACGAACUGUGUCUUGGCCCAACAACAACAGCAGCACAAGGUCCGGUUUGGAGAAAAUGGAGAGUUCAAGAUACUUCAAGUUGCGGAUAUGCACUUCGCAGAUGGCAAGACCACGCCUUGCGAGGAUGUGUUGCCCAGUCAAGUACGUGGUUGCUCCGACCUCAACACCACCGCCUUUAUUCACCGCAUGAUCCGAGCCGAAAAGCCCCAUUUCAUCGUCUUCACCGGGGAUAAUAUUUUUGGGUCUGAUACGACUGAUGCUGCCAAGUCCAUGAAUGCUGCAUUUGCCCCUGCAAUCGAGUCAAAGAUUCCAUGGGCUGCUGUAUUGGGGAACCAUGACCAGGAAUCCACCUUGUCAAGGGAAGGGUUAAUGAAACAUAUUGUUACUUUGGAGCAUACUUUGGCUCAAGUGAACCCUGAAAAUGCACAUGUAAUUGAUGGUUUUGGUAAUUAUAACCUUGAGGUUGGGGGAGUUAGGGGAUCAAGUUUUCAGAACAAAUCAGUCCUCAAUCUGUACUUCCUUGAUAGUGGAGAUUAUUCUACGGUGCCUUUGAUUCCUGGCUAUGGGUGGAUUAAACCUUCUCAGCAAGUUUGGUUUCAACGCACUUCGCGAAAGCUCCAGAGAGCAUACAUGAAUAAGCCUGAGGCACAGAAGGGUCCAGCACCUGGGAUUGCAUACUUCCACAUCCCAUUGCCUGAAUUGUCAAGCUUUGAUUCUUCAAAUUUCACUGGAGUGAAACAAGAGGGCAUUAGUUCUGCUUCUGUGAAUUCAGGCUUCUUCACAACCAUGGUAGAGGAAGGAGAUGUGAAGGCUGUUUUCACUGGCCAUGAUCAUGUCAAUGACUUUUGCGGUGAGCUGACUGGGAUCCACCUUUGCUAUGCUGGGGGUUUUGGAUACCAUGCCUAUGGGAAGGCUGGAUGGUCAAGGAGGGCAAGGGUGGUGGUAGCAUCUUUGGAGAAAACGGUGAAGGGAUCUUGGGGAGGUGUCAAAUCAAUCAAAACAUGGAAACGCCUUGAUGAUGCAAAGCUCACAGUUAUUGACAAUCAGGUCCUUUGGAGCAAGAGAUCUAUAGGAGUACGAAGAAAGAAAGCAAAUACUGGCUGAUGGGCAUAUGAGAAGCAUCUACAGGUUGUCGGUGAACGAUCGACUUCUGUACGAGCAACUUACUGGCCUUUGAAAGGUGUUUCUGGUGUUGGUGUUAUGUACCCGUAAUUCUGAUGUAGACUGUCAUAUAUAUACCAAAAAUAAAAUGGAAACACGAUGGUUGUGAAAUUCUUGGGAUGAAAUGACACAAAUUAUUGUAUCAUUAUUCCAUGUAUUAAUGUAUUAGAAUUAAGACCAUUGGCAGUUGACUAUAGAAUUUUGCUUAAACAUUUUUCAUGAAUGAGAAUUCAAUAGCUUAUUAUGG